AUGAAUAGCAAUGAUGAUUCUAACACUAGAUCACCCGCUAAUAGCAUAUCAAAACAAAAGUCUUCCAAUAACUCAAUUACUGUGGGUACUAUAAACUCUUCAAAAAACAGAAACUUUACUGAUCCUUUGAACAAUCCUCGAUAUUUGAAACAAGACAGUAUAAGAAGCUCCAGUACUUCUCAUUUAUAUAAGACCCAAUCAGCUUCUCCAUCAAUCUAUUCCCCGAUUCCUCAAAAUUUGUCAAACCAAGAUGAAAUAUCUCUUAGUCAGGACCCAGUCCAAUUGAUGAUCUGGUUCCACGAGCUUAGGAUGUCUACAGAAGAUGUUAUAAUUGAUCAAAAUGUGAUACCUGGUUUGAAAAUAGGUGAUGUAUGUGAAAUUCAACCCCUUCGUAAAGCUGAAGACAAUAACAACUCUCCAAAUACCGCAAUUAAGAAAUUGUACUUUACAAUUAAAAGCCAAAAUUUACUUUCAAGUUUAAAAGAAUCAACUCCUGCCUCUUCAAAAUUGAACUUUCAAUUAUCACUCAUUUCGAAUCCUUUACAAAAAUUACUCGAUUUAUUACCAAGAAGUUUAGUUCAGAUAAGAGCCAUAACUGAUCUUGAAUCGAUCGAAGCAGAUUCUAUAGAAAUUUUCAUUAAAGAUGUUAAUUUAUCAAGAGACUCAAUGUGGAAUUUCUCGUCUUCAUUAGUUAGGAAUUGUGUUUAUAUUGAUCAAAGACUUUCUUUUUUGAAUAAUAGAUGUGGUGUGGUAAAGUAUAUCUAUAAAAAUGGCCAGAAGAUUCUUUCAGCCUACAUUGGUGAAAAUACAAAAAUCGUUUAUAGAUCAGAAAGUGCUAAAUUGACUUUCUUGAUUCAAUUAUCUCGUGAGAUGUGGCAUUUUGAAGAAAACGGUGAAAUAAUGUUUCAUAAAUUAGUUAACACAUUAUUUCCAAAAAUUUUCAAGAAUUGGAGAGAUAAAAACACCCAUCAUUCAAUAACCAUUGUGUUAUUUACGAGUAUGGAUUUAACCAAAAUCCCCUGGACUAGUCUAGGUCACGGAGAACGACCAAAUAACCGCAGAGAUUAUUUCAGAGUUGUUGUUGAUCAAAUCAAUAUUCUUCAUUGGGAUAAGAUUAUGGCAAACUUAAGAUUAGAAUUUGCAAAUUUUAAAAGAGAUGUCAUGUUAAACUUAGGUGGUAAUCCUAUCGUCAAUAAUGUCCAUUUCAUGCAGGGUCAACAACUACCUUCUGUUAAAGGGAAUAUCCUUGAAGCAAUAAAUCUCGGUUUAACUUUGGUGACUGAUAGAUUUAGAAAUACGGAUUUAAAACAUUGCUUGAGUCAUUUCGUACUAAUUACUCCUGGAACUGGUUUAUUCGAUGUUGAUUACAAGCUCAUGCUUGAAACUUCUAAAAAAAUGCAUAUUUUAGACCUUGCUUUAGAUUUAAUUUGUCUCAGUCAGCCUCCUUUACAUAUUGUUCCAUUAUUUCGCUACAAAGAUUCCGAUCAAAAUGGUAAAUUAAGUUACUGUGUUCCUACAUGGUGUGAUAUUUCCUUUUACAAAGACUCUUCAGAGUUCACCAGUCAAUGGAUCCCUCGUUGUAAAAUUUAUGAAUUACAAAUGAUGGGUGUUAUGGAGAACAAUAUUAAUGAUGCAACAGUCGAGAGAUUAGAUAACUUUAAUGAUCCAAAAUCAAUAGUGGAUGUAAUGGACAAAUAUGAUAACGAGAUUUUCAAUAAACCGGAUUCGAAAGCAAAGAAUGAUAAAAGAAAGUCCCAUGGAAUUAAUGGUCAUUAUAAGAAAAGACAACACCAUAAACAUAAAAGUAUAGAUUUAUCGGGCACUCUUUCUCUUAUCAAACUGAAUGAUAAUACCUCUGCAUCAACGGCUAAGAUUGAUGUUGGAACCAACGAAUCUUCAGUUUUGGGAACUGUUACGAACAUAGGAUCAGAAAGCUCUGCUUUAUCUUCAUUAUAUACAUUGAAUAAGGUCACUGAUGAUAGCAAUUCUGUUUCCCCUUCAAUUCAAGAAUCGUCUGAUAAUACUAGUAUUUCAAAAGAAUUCAAUGAACACAACAUCUCCGAUAAAAUCUCUAAACCUAAGGGCAGGAAAAAACCUGGUUCAAAAAGAAAGGAUUCACAUUAUUAUAUGACAAAACGUGAUUUAGCUAACCAAAAUAUGAAGAUGCAAACUAAAGGCACUCAUGCUAUUGACAAUUCUAAAAACAAAAACUUCGAACAUCCGAAUAAAUUUUGGGUGGAGAUUAUCAAUCCAUCACAAGAACUGCAUUGCGAUAUCUUAGGGUUUCUCAGGUCAAGCAGAUGGAAUGACGUUUUCCCAGAAAAGAUAAGAAGAAAACAGGUGAAAUGGAGAUCUUUCCAAUCACCUGCUGCUUUACCUACAACGACCAAUGUUUUCCCAACAAAAGAGCAGUUACAAGAAGACUAUACCUUCCAAAUAUAUACAGUAACUUUAAGCUGGGAUAACGACCUUGGCCUACAAAGUAAUCAAAGUCUAAUGAGGGAAAUGAUCGAGUUGAGGUUAGCAUUAGGGUUUCAGAUUUGCUAUAGUGAUCUCGUAAAAGAAGUGGAUGCGUCAAGGCUAGCCCAUGGGGGUUCUGAUAGAGUAAUCAAGUACUUUCCUCAGAACGAUGAGUCUUGCAUUGGCGCUAGAAUUUAUUUAUCCUUGGAUGAUGAAAUACAUCGAAUUUACUGUGAAAGCACAGGUAAUUUAAAUGUCCAAUUAUAUAAGAAACGCAAAACUCCCGAAGAUCAAAAAGUCAUGCUUGGUUAUAAUGAAUAUGACAAAGAAAGGGCUUACAUACCACUUAUUAGAACCCGUUAUGCUGACGAAUACACUCCUGCUCAUAUUGAUUGUAUCAAUAAUCAACCCAAGACCUACAACUGGAAUCAGUUUGAUCAAUUAUUAGCCGGAUACGACGAUGCCAUUCCAGAAGAAAAGAAGGAAUUCCAUAAAAUGAAAUUUGUUGUGAUGCCAGCUGAAAUACCUAAAAAUGCAUUCUACAUAAAUAAUGAUAAGUUAAAUGAUGAGGAAAUUAGAGUUGAAGGAUUGCGUCGCUUGAUCGCAACUAUAGAAAGAGGAAAGUAUGAUCCACACAAAGAAGGUCAACCAAGAAAGAAAGAAGAGAUCUUACCGGAAGUUAGCUUCUAUACAGGGAAUCUUUAUGAUUUUUUAAACGAUCAAGCAGAAUCCUACGAUAGUACCGGUAACCAACCAAGCAACUCAUUAAUGCUUCAAGAUGGCGCAAGAUUUAAUAAAAAUAUUAAAUUAAGUCAAUUGGCCCAGGAAUUACAGAGCCCAGGUGGUGUGAGGCUAGUUGACAGAACGUGGCAUUUUAAAACACAUCUUCACUGUUUCCUUGGUAAUGAAUUGGUGUCAUGGAUAAUUGGAUGUUUCGAAGAUAUCGAUAGCAGAGAAGAGGCCACAAACUUUGCUCAAUCAUUAAUGGAUAGAGGAUUGUUGAAACAUGUUGAGAACAGACACGGCUUGUUAGAUGGUUAUUACUUCUAUGAAUUUCAAGAAUCUUAUAUUGAUAAAAAUUAUAAAGCUGAAAAGUCUGGGUGGUUUGGAAAGAAAAAAACCCCUUCAACAUCCAAUAUGAACCAGUCAGAGAAAGUUGAAUCUGAUAAUGAGUCCAUGAAAUCACCAUUUUUAUCACCACAAGAUAGUGUUGAUACUAAGAAAACAAAUCCUCAAUUGAUUCCAGACUCUGAAGCCUCAUCAAUGGCUGACUCAUCUACAAAGACUAAGCUGAAGAAGAAAUUCAUUUUAAGUAGAUGUGUUAAAUAUGAUGCUGACCCUUUCAAAAAGUCAUUCAGACCUGAAAUAAUCAAUGUUCAUUAUGAUAGAGUACAUAACCCAGAACACUGUUAUCAUAUUAGAUUACAAUGGCUAAAUACUACUACGAAAUUCAUUGAUGAUGUCAUUAUCAGUUGGUCCAGAUUAUGUGAACGUUAUGGGCUAAAACUAGUCGAAACUCCGUGGAGAGAAUUAUGCACGAUUCCAAAAUUCAAUCCUUUUCAUUCAUUUGUUGACUUGCGAUUAGCUCUCAAUCCAUGGUUGGAUCCAGAGUUUAUGGACGCUAAAAUCUUGAAAGAUAACAAAUUUUACUAUCAUUUAUAUCUAUUGAAGAAAUCAGAUUUCUUACUUGAUAACAGGUCUUCUAUUUUCUUUCUGAAAGAUCACAUCGACAUUUCAUACAGUUGGGGUAAACCGAUUUUCCAAUUUGCUCAAUAUAUACAUGAGACGGGUGCUUAUAUUGUUGAGUUAAGAGAUAACGGUGAUUUCUUUCUUGCCCCAAAUAAUAUUCAUUUAAUUAGAUUAAACACAUUAUUAACAUCUAUGCAUGAUCAUGACAAUAUCAAGAGUCAAGCAUUAGAUUCUCAAAAAAUCAUGUUGAAUUUCAGGGCCGCCUGCAAUGAUGUCGAAACAUUAAAGGACAUAUUUAGAGAGGCCAAACGAAGCUGGAGAGAAGACUAUGCUCAAACAGUUGUUCCCGAGGUCUAG